AUGCAGCGUGACGAGCCGACUAACCUACUACGUCUAUCGACUGCGCUUAAGAUAUUUUGUGGAAGCUCCGUGCAGCUUGAGCUACUACCCCGAGCUGAAGUCCUACUUCAAGAGUAUCUUCUUGAAUUCAAACGGAUGUAUGGCGAAGGAUCCAUGAAACCCAAUUUUCACUGGGCCGUUCACCUCGCCCAGCAAAUCAGAGACUAUGGGCCUGUAUACAACUUCUGGGCGUUCCUGUCCGAGCGACUCAACAAGGUUCUGAAAAGUUCUAACUCAAACAACUGGACAGGUGGGCAGGUCGAAAUCUCGAUGAUGAGGGAGUUCAUGCGUGCAGGACAAAUUGAUUCCAUGGCUCGUGGCGCACUUCAAACAACCCAAAGUCCCAUCAUCGAGUCGGUUUUGAAACGGAUGCUCGGUGAAGGUCAGGAGGCCCUUGGAACCGUCCAAGAUGCAGCAGGGGAUAUUGAACUAGAUGGCUACCUGCAUGUCCAGCCUGGCCCCGCAUCCAUGCACCCACAGCAACUCAACGACAGCGCCCGAGCAGCGUUACAUUCACAAUACAAUGCACGACAUCCUCACAGCAUUCAUUAUGCUCUAGCGUUGAAUCCGCCUCCUCAAUCCUUACCACUCAACGAUUUUGCGGUGUUUUACGACUUCGCGCUUUUAGAUGGCCGCCGAAUCACGCCCGCUUCAAAAAGUACUCGCGAAUCCUUUGGAUCUUCAUUAAUAAAGGCAAGAGUUGGCCCCGACUUUUACUAUGGCGAGAUUAUUAGUAUUUUUUCUCAUGUUCAACCGAACACCUCAGAUGGUUCACAGCUUCAGGCUGAAUUCAGGUGGAUGAAGGAACUUGCUUUGUCUCCUGUGCAGGAUGACCCAUGGAGCGAAUUUCCUGAACUCAAUGUAACGUGUUUUGCACUCAACGAGUUCUGGGGACCGCAAGAAGCAGGCUCGCCACCCUGCGUUCUGCCGUUUGAUUGCAUCACUUGUCAGAUCGCUCGAGGAGUUGUGACGACAACAAAUCCACAAAUGUGGAUCACAACUUCAUUGGAUAAGGUACGUUAG